AGCGGCUCGCGCAGCUUCUGCAAUCUUUCACCAACUGCCUUGUUCACGGCCACCAAGGAGGAAAAAAAAACACCCUUCCGAUUAAGCAUUAAAGAGGAAACCCGAAGCUCGUCUUUGUCUUUGUUAUUUACUGGAUCGGUUCAAAUAAUAGUUUUAUGAUGGAGAUAGACAUGGCUAAACGGGCAUUUUAACCAUUUAAUGGAGACAAAGUCGAUUGGUGGAAGAAAAAGGAGUUAAAGGAGAUCCUGUUUUUAUGCUAAUAUAAAGCCUGGACAAGGAUUACCUUUUUACGUAUACCCGUUUUGUUUCUGUCACUGUCUCCUGUUUCUCUGUCUUUGUCUCUCCUUCCUUUUUGUUGUCCCCUUUCCCCAUCCCCCCUCCCCUUUUUUUAGGCUGCACUUCUGUGGUAGUGGUGUUUGUUGCCGGAUUAUUCCUCGAUCAUUCACUCUCAGUAAAAACUGUAUUUUAUUCAAUCACUACCACUCCUUUACGGUUGGGACUGGGUUUGCUGUCUGCUAUGGAUUUUGAUAGCAGUUCGGGUGGAGGCGCUGAUCUUCACAACAAUCAUAACCCACAUCAGACAGACGAGAGCAAACCUCUGCUGGGAGAGAUGUCUGCCCCUACACCGCCGGACGGGAAUAAAAUGGGAGCAGCUCCUUGUCGGAGAGCCUUGCUCCACUGCAAUGGUAUGAGGUACAAACUGCUGCAGGAAGGAGACAUUCAGGUGUGUGUCAUCAAGCACCCGAGGACCUUUCUCAGCAAGAUUUUGACCUCCAAAUUCUUGAGAAGAUGGGAGCCCCACCACCUGACCCUUACAGAUACUAGUCUGGCUUCAGCUACGCCUACAGGAUACAUGGAGAACUCUGUCUCCUACAGCUCCAUUGAGGACAUUCAACUUCUGUCCUGGGAAAAUGCACCCAAAUAUUGUUUACAGCUCACAGUCCCAGGAGGGACAGUUUUGCUGCAGGCUGCCAACAGCUAUCUACGGGAUCAGUGGUUUCACUCAUUACAGUGGAAGAAGAAGAUUUACAAGUACAAGAAAGUUCUAAGCAAUCCAAGCCGUUGGGAGGUGGUCCUGAAGGAGAUCAGAACCUUGGUAGACAUGGCCCUUACCUCACCACUGCAGGAUGAUUCCAUCCACCAAGCUCCACUUGAGAUUGUCUCAAAAUUACUCUCAGAGGUCAGAAAAAAUAUUAAUUUAACUACACAAGAACAUGAAAACAUUAUUGUGGCAAUUGCACCACUGCUGGAAAACAACCAUCCACCACCUGACCUCUGUGAAUUCUUUUGCAAGCACUGCAGGGAACGCCCCCGGUCCAUGGUAGUGAUAGAAGUGUUCACACCUGUGGUACAAAGAAUCCUUAAACACAAUAUGGACUUUGGAAAAUGCCCUCGGUUAAGGCUCUUCACUCAGGAGUACAUUUUGGCACUGAACGAGUUAAAUGCAGGAAUGGAAGUGGUGAAAAAGUUUAUUCAGAGUAUGCAUGGGCAAACUGGUCACUGUCCACACCCAAGGGUUCUACCAAAUCUUGUUGCUGUUUGCUUAGCUGCAAUUUAUUCCUGCUAUGAGGAGUAUAUUAACAGUCGAGAUAACUCGCCUAGUCUAAAGGAGAUCCGGAAUGGUUGUCAACAGCAAUGUGACAGGAAACCCAAUCUGCCUCUGAGACUGCUAAGAGCCAAUCCUGACUUAGUCUCCCAAGAAGUCACUUCGCCUACUGAACCACGCAUCAAAUCUGUGGUUAUUGUAAACUCCAGUGAGAUCCAUGUGGAGUUAAAACAUAAUAAUACUGCCAAUCAAAAGCUGAAAAGUCCUGCAGGAAAUGAAAGUGAGCCUAACCUUAUUGACUGCCUGCUAGUGAGUCCUGCCUGCAGCACUAUGAACAUUGAACUGAGCCCACAGGCAGACCGUGUACUGGUCUGUUACGUUGAAAUUCUCAAAAUGUUGUCCGAUUAUGAUGACUGGAGACCAGCACUGGCCAGUCUGCUACAGCCUAUUCCAUUUCCUAAAGAGGCUCUUGCACAUGAAAAAUUCACAAAAGAGCUGAAGUAUGUUAUCCAAAGAUUUGCAGAAGAUCCUCGGCAGGAGGUCCACUCAUGUUUGCUGAGUGUUCGUGCUGGCAAAGAUGGCUGGUUCCAGCUUUACAGCCCGGGAGGAGUGGCCUGUGACGAUGACGGAGAGCUCUUUGCCAGUAUGGUACGUGUAUGCAAUAAUGUUCAUAUUUUGAUGGGUUCCUGCUACAAAACAAAGAAAUUCUUGCUGUCAUUGGCUGAAAACAAGUUGGGUCCAUGUAUGCUGCUUGCACUGAGGGGAAACCAAACAAUGGUUGAGAUCCUGUGUUUGAUGCUUGAAUACAAUAUCAUUGAGAACAAUGACACACAGCUGCAGAUCAUCUCAACACUGGAGAGUACAGAUGUCGGUAAGAAGAUGUACGAACAGCUAUGUGACCGCCAAAGAGAGCUCAAAGAGCUGCAAAGGAAAGGUGGCCCUACAAGGCUCACACUGCCAUCCAAAUCAACAGAUGCAGACCUAACACGUCUGCUAAGCUCAGGUUCAUUUGGCAAUCUAGAGAAUUUAAGCUUGGCCUUCACAAACGUCACCAGUGCCUGUGCAGAGCAACUAAUCAAGCUGCCUUCCCUCAAGCAACUGAAUCUGUGGUCCACUCAGUUUGGAGAUGCAGGAUUACGGCUGCUUUCUGAGCACCUCACUUCACUUCAAGUACUCAACCUGUGUGAGACCCCGGUCACCGAUGCUGGACUGCUUGCACUAAGCUCAAUGAAAAGUCUGUGUAGUCUCAACAUGAACAGCACUAAACUGUCUGCAGACACCUAUGAAGAUCUCAAGGCCAAGCUGCCCAACCUAAAGGAAGUGGACGUUCGUUAUACAGAAGCUUGGUGAAAUUUCCAUACAGACAAUGAAAGAGAACCUAUAUAUUAAUAAAAACUGUUUUUAGUGAGAUCUUUUCAGCUCAUGUUUUUGUAGGAAAGAAACUCUGGGUACUAUUACAAAAGAAAAGGAAAAAGAAAUUAAAUGUACCUGCCCCUGACAUGUUUUCAGCUCACAUCGUUUGGUGGAUUGCAGUCAAAAUGGAAAUUUGAAGCUUCAAAACCUUUAAAGACUUUGUAGCCGUAAGCAAAUCAUUUAAAAGGAAAUGAUCAACAUCAAAACUGAGGAUUUUAUUUGCCUUUUUUGUUUAAUCAUGCCAUGUAUAUGACAACGGAAAAAUAUAUACAAUAUCUUAUUUUAAGUUUUAGUCAAUUUGAAUGGACUAUUUUAUUUUAAAGACAUCUCUUUUCUCUUUUACCUUAAUGAUACAAAUAAAGAGCCAAUAGGAUUGAUGGCAAAAAUUUACAGAUUCAGCACACCCCAAAUCUUUGUAUUUCUUGUUAAAUGUUUUAUUCAUUGUAUUUUUUUGUCUUUUGUACAUAAAGUUAUACAUAGCUCACAUAUUUAAUAUUGUUCACAAUGAGCAGGUCUGGGACCUGCAUUUUAUUUAUGAAUAUUUGAAUUCUUCAAUUCCCUGUGUUUAUUUGUUUGUUGGUUUUUGCUUAUAGCACUGUAAAAAAAAAAAAAGGAAUUAGUAGUUUGCAAGUUUCUUACCUGCCUAUUCAGUUGUUUAAAAAAAUCUUGACUUUAAUAUGCCCACUUAGUAUGUGUUUUAUGUUGAGAGGGGUGUUCAUUAUGUUAUAAUCCAGUGCCAGAUGUGUUGUGGGCUGUUUCCUUCUUUUUUUCUUUCUUUAUUUUCUUUUAUUUUUUUACAUUAUUGGUAGAAUACUUCAUUUUGAAAGUGCGCAAGUGUAGAAAAAAGAAAUGAAAAUAUUUUAGUAAAUUUUUGAAGACCAAAUUUUUUUUUCCGUUCUUUAUUUUU